AUGAAGAGGAUUCGUAGGGGUACUAUUGAAGCUUCAUCAUCCCGACCUAAUAGACAGCGUCCCACGGCCUCAGCAAGGAGACAAAGAGCGGCUCCCCAAGAUCACAUUGAGGAUACUACAGAGGUUGAAGAUAUAGUUCCCACUUAUUAUAGUAAUGUUGACGCAGAGGUUGAAGAUGUAGCUACUACUCAGGAUAGUAAUGUUGAGGUACAUGCCGAGCCUACUGAGCCAUCUCGAGUAGGUCCCAUUGAUCCAUCUUUCCUUACGAGUUUUAAAACUCACAUAGCAGCUGCAAUUUGGAAUAACCAGGAACGUGAGCCCCUUAGGUGCACGUCGAAAACAUCUACCCUUCGUGAAUGGAAUUGGUGGGGUAAUCCAAAUAAUGGUAUAUUCAAAGGGUACAUUCAGAGGUCUGGAUUAGAGCACCUUAUUAGGUGUUCUUAUCGGAAUGCUGAUAAGAUUGUGGUAUCUACAUUUGUUGAGAGGUGGCAUCCUGAAACGCACACCUUUCACAUGCCUUUUGGUGAGAUGACCAUCACAUUGGAUGAUGUUGACAAUAACACCAGGAUGACAAUUAUCAUCCAACAAACUCCUCAACGCAUUCAAUGCCCAUGUGUAAUUGUCUUCCUUCUCGACAUUCAUUGUUGGUCCGUCGCAAAUCUCGCGGCCUGGUGCUCAGGGCCAAGGGGAUGUGCGUCAACACGUGACGUCCUCCUUUUGGAUGUGGUGCGGUUGUGCACGGGCAUGCCAGCACGGUCUACCGUGCGUCGAGGUGAUGAUGAGGUUCGGGUAGAAGAUGGUUUAAAUGUUGCGCCUGUUUUGCGUUCGACUCCUAAUCAAACGAUUCUGACCGAGUGA